CAAUUGUUUUUGAUUAUGCUGCAACGUUGUUUACCCCUGGAACUCCAAAAGUGUUUUGUGGACUCAGACACUUCAACCACCCCUCCAUCGUCCAAGUGUUCUUGUAGAGCCGCCACUUGCACUCAUCGCUGACGUGCACGGUGAAGACGAUCUUGAAGGAACGCUGGCCACAGCGAGUGUUGUCGUAUCCCACAACUCCGACCGUGAUCACAUGGGGGUCUCCAUAACAGUCACAGUCUGCAUCACAUCCUUCUUGUUCACUUUAGAUCAAGGUGUGCGGUCAUCGCUUAUUAUAAAACGGAGACGAACCAAUCAAAGCAGAGGAGCGGAAAAAAACUUCUUCCUCUUCACACAAGCGCCAUGCAGUUCACCGUGACAGCCGCGAGAUGGCACAGACGCACCGCACCAUUACGCGCGGUCCCUGUGACCGCCGUGCGCUCUCUCCCCGCGGCCCCCGGUGGAGCCAGCGGGAUGACAAACUCCAGUUAAGUGGCGCACCGUCCUCCUCCUCCCCGCCUUUCACCCAGAGUCAACCCAGGAGCACGGAGCGCAUCCUCCGCGCUCGCACCCGCGGGAAUUGGAAAAGCAGCUUCUGACAGCCGCACAACCCCGGCCGAGCUCUGCGGUGUGAGAGAGGGAGGGAGAGAGACUACACACAGAGAGUGAGGAGAGGGAGAUGGCUACGGAGGCGCGCAGUUACCCGUGAUUGUCCAGUGAACGGCGGUGAAGUUGCUCGGCUCCGCUUGGAUCUUUUCCCCUCCAGGUCGUUGAGUGCGUGAUUGUGUGUUCAGCAUGAGUAACAUCUAUGAGUCUGCAGAGGCCACGCUGGGCUUCAUCAGCUCUCCAUGCCUGGCUAAAGUGGAGCUAAGAGUGGCCUGCCGGGGGAUCUCGGACCGCGACGCCCUCUCCAAACCCGACCCCUGCGUGGUGCUGAAGAUGCAGUCGCACGGGCAGUGGUUUGAGGUGGACCGUACAGAGGUGAUCCGCAGCAGCAGCGGCCCCGUCUUCUCUAAGAUCUUUCUGGUGGAUUUCUACUUCGAGGAGGUGCAGAGGCUCCGCUUUGAACUCCAUGACAUCAGCUCCGGCAACAACGGCCUCCGUGACGCUGACUUCCUGGGAUCUAUGGAGUGCACCUUAGGACAGAUCGUCUCGCAGAGGAAACUGACCAAAGCUCUACUGAAACAGGGAAACACUGCUGGAAAGUCGUCUAUAACGGUGACAGCAGAGGAGUUGUCUGGUAACGAUGAUUAUGUGGAACUCUCCUUCAGCGCCCGUAAACUCGACGACAAGGAUUUCUUCAGCAAGUCGGACCCCUUCCUGGAGAUUUUUAGGAUGAAUGACGAUGGCACUGAGUCGCUUGUGCACAGAACUGAGACAGUCAUGAACAACCUGAGCCCAGUUUGGAAAUCCUUCAAAGUUUCCUUGAACACGCUCUGCAGUGGCGACCACGACAGGGAGCUAAAGUGCACAGUUUGGGACUGGGACUCUAAUGGGAAACAUGACUUUAUCGGGGAGUUUCAGACGACGUUUAAGGAGAUGAGGGCGGAACAGGAGGGAAAGCAGAUUCAAUGGGAGUGCAUCAACCCUAAAUACCAGAUGAAGAAGAAGAAUUACAGAAACUCUGGUGUUGUCAUGCUCAACCACUGUAAGAUCAUCAAAAUGUAUUCCUUCCUGGAUUACAUCAUGGGCGGCUGUCAAAUUCAGUUCACAGUGGCAAUAGAUUUCACAGCAUCCAAUGGGGAUCCCAGAAACAGCUGCUCCCUUCACUACAUUCACCCCUACCAGCCCAACGAGUACCUCAAAGCUCUGGUGGCUGUGGGGGAGAUCUGCCAAGACUAUNNNNUGAGUGGUUGGUUUGCCGGGUUUGUUAAAAAAGGCCUCAUGUUCUUUCUGCUUCACAUGAAGGUUUCACACGAUUUUGCCGUGAACUUCGAUGAGGACAACCCUGAAUGUGCUGGGAUCCAAGGCGUCGUGGAGGCCUACCAGAAUUGCCUCCCCAAGAUCCAGCUGUACGGGCCCACCAACAUCGCCCCAAUCAUCCAGAAAGUGGCCUCGUCCGCCUCCGAGGAGAUGCACACCAAAGAGGCCAUGGAAUACUUCAUCCUGCUGAUCCUGACAGACGGCGUCAUCACCGACAUGGCGGACACGCGGGAGGCCAUCGUGCAUGCCUCCCACCUGCCCAUGUCCGUCAUCAUCGUCGGCGUUGGCAACGCAGACUUCACUGACAUGCAGAUACUGGACGGGGACGACGGCAUCCUGCGCUCACCCAAGGGCGAGCCGGUGCUCCGUGACAUCGUCCAGUUCGUCCCGUUCAAGGACUUCAAACAUGCCUCCCCAGCUGCCCUGGCUAAGAGUGUUUUGGCAGAAGUCCCCAACCAGGUGGUGGAUUACUACAACGCGAAAGGCAUCAAACCCAAGUGUAUGUCAGACUAUGAGUCCACAAGAACGUUCAGCCCCUGACAAUGGACUACAUGCAUACAUACUCGAAAAUACACAUAUACAGUAUACUGUAUAUCAUAUAUACAUAGAAAUAUACAUUUAUUUACUGUAUAGUACAUAUACACAUGCAAAAGCACAAGUACACAUACACACAUGAACAAGCACACACAGGCGUACUACAUACUACAUACAGUAGUCUAGCUCAGAGAAUUAGCUCGUUCUGGUGAAACAAUUUGAACUACUCCAUUGAUGACUGUUGCAUGUGUGGCCAUGGCAUCACCUGGGAAAUUAUUACUCUCUACUGUAUAUCUGAAAGAUCUUUAUAGAAAUAAGAGCAGUCUUCUGAGCCAGCAUGCAGACUCAAACCAUAGCCCGCCCAAAGAAAUGACACUCUUACCUUAUUCAAAUAACUAGCAAGUACAUAUACACCAAAAGAUCUGUGAGUAGAUGAACCAAAAUGUGUGACUGCAUAGCUCUAAAAGCUUAGAAUUAGCAUUGCAAAUCUUAUUAUGGGAUUGGUAGCGUCCCUGUUAGUGUACUGCAUAAAUGCAUGCAUAAUUUAGCUCCUGCUAAUAUCCUGUCUGCAGUACCCUCUUGCUAGUUAUGAAAUAAAGUAUCUCUGUCAUUCCAGUGACAUUCAAGCUCGUCUUGGGUGUUUCGGGUUCUUUUCUACAGAUCUGUUUGACAUUUUGCUAAAUGGAAAUGAACAACUGAAUAAUUGUAAUAAUUUCUUAAUAACCUUCUUACAUUGUAAAGAGUUCUGGGAGGGUAGACAUGCGUGUGUGGUAGACACUCAUCUGUGAGCAAAAACUUUUCUUCUGUAUUCUGCAUGUUGAUUAUAAUAAAGACACGUUGGUUUUCUC